AUGAAGUCCUUCUCCCCCGUCGCCCUGGCCCUGAUGGCCGCCUUCGGUAUGGUCGCCGCUGACCCUUCUGCCACUGAAUGCGCUACCAUGUGUGUUUCCAACAUGAACAACAAGGCCUCUGAUCUCGGCUGCAAGUCCGGCGACAUGGCCUGCCUGUGCAAGACCGAUGACUACAAGUUCGGUAUCCGUGACUGCACCAAGGAGGCUUGCCCCAGCGAUGAUGCUGAGAAGGUCCUCGCUAUGGCUGUUGCCAAGUGCCCUGGCGGCACUGCUGGCUCCGACUCUUCUUCUUCCUCCAGCUCCAGCUCCAGCUCCGACUCCGACUCCUCCAAGACUGGCUCCGGCGCCGGUGCUGGCAGCGACUCCACCUCCAUGACCGGCACUGGCUCCAAGACUGGCUCUGAUGCCUCUGCUACCGGUACUCAGACCGGCUCUGAUGCUUCCACCACUGGCACCAUGACUGGCACCGGUGCUUCUGGCUCAGUGACUGGUUCUAUGACCGGCUCCAUGACUGGCUCCAUGACUGGCUCCAUGACUGGCUCCAUGACCGGCUCCGACUCCACCAUGAUGACCGUGACCAGCACCAGCAGCGGCUCUUCCACCACCGAGACCUCCGGCAGUGGCUCUGGCUCUGGCUCUGACUCCGACUCUGGCUCCGGCAGCGGCUCCGGCUCCGACUCCAGCAGUGACGCCUCCGGCUCUGCUGCUCCCAGCUCCAGCGAGGGUGCUGCCAGCCCCAUGGCCACUGUUGGCGGUGGUGCCAUGGGUGCCCUUGGCCUUGUCGCUCUCCUUGCCCUGUAA